UUGUAACAUUGCUGUUGUCUGUUUCCAAGAAACCUGAGGUUCCGCGGUUAGACUUCCAUGAGGUUACAUUCGCUUGUUCCUUAUUGGAAAAGAAUUCGUUAUGCCUUAUAGCUAACAUUUUUCGGGUUGUUGAACGGUUUAACUGUUUCAGUUCAGUGUUGUAACUCUUCUGCUAUGAGCCUUAAAUACGGACAACUCUGUUCUCUGUUAAUUCAAGAACAUUUCGGCCCUAUAGCUGAAAAAAUACACCAACAACUUCAAUGGGGUCCGAAAACAUUUAAACUUUUAGCUUCUUCCAUCGAUUUACCGCCUCCACUUUUGCGGAGAGUUCUGUGCAUAUUGAUUCAGUAUGGCUUUGUAGUAUUUGAAUCAAGGUUAAAACCCCAAGUUGCAGAAUACAGGUUACUACCGGAUAAAAUAUUACUACUUUUACGAUAUCCAAGGUAUUUAUCUCUGAUAAAUGACAAGUAUGGUGAAAUAUCAAGAUUGAUAAUCGAUGAGGUUUUGCAAUGUGGCUGUAUAUCGGCACCAAAGCUUAUUUUGAACGUUUGGACAAAAAUUCAAGACGGAGCUCUUGCUGUACUACCUAAGAGCAUGACAAGUCUCUCUGAUGCCCUUCAUCGAUUAAUUCAAAACCAGUAUUUAAUGCGCUGCCCAUCACCCAGUGAAGAUGGUAAUGAUAGGGUACCAAAACUCGUUGUCAAUGAGAGUGAACUUUACAAAAUGCCUGAAAUUGAUGUACCGAUGUUAUUGAAGCUGUGGAAAGGAGAAACUUCUUUACAUAGCAUCAAAGAUCACGAUAUAUUGUGGAGGUGUAAUUUUGAUAGAUUUCACCAAGACAUGAGGGAUGAAAUUAUGGUUGAGGGAAUAAGACGAAGAUUUGAUUCUUAUUCAGCUACUUUUAUGGAAGUUGCCUUAAAUCAAAUGUAUUUAAGGACAGAACCUUGGGCAACUCAGUCUAACCCUGUGCCUUUAAAUGAAAUUAGGGAAGAGGUCGAUAAAAAAAGCAGUCAUCUUGCUCAAUUUCUUGAUCAGUAUAUUAAAGUCAUAGAUGAAGACUCUUGCAGUUUUAUUAAGAAAAUAGGAGAAGGAAGUACUGCUUCUGUUUAUGUGAAUUUAGUCGCAGCAUUUAGUAAUUUAACUGCAGCAACAAUUGAGAGUGUUGUUGAACAUAGAUUCGGCUGUAAAGCUGCAAGGAUAUUCAGAUUGGUACGCAGUAAAAAAUUCAUCGACCAAGAACAGCUGCAGAAAAUUGCAAUGAUUCCUGAUAAGGAAGCAAAGCAGUUGACAUACAGGCUGCUACAGGAGAGUUUUCUUCACAUGCAAGAACUGAAAAAAUCCGCUACUGCAGGCCUCAAUAAAAAUUUUUAUCUUUUCCACGUUGAUUUUAACCAGGUUGUACACGUAGUUUUGGAAAUGUGUUAUAAAGCUAUUUACAACACACUUAAAAGGGCAAAUCAUGAAAAAAAUGAAAAUUUAAGGAUGAUAGAUAAAUUUGAAAAAUUAAAUUCUGUUGCUCAGACGAUGAAGCAGCAAGGUGAAGAUGAGCAGUAUAUUAAACAAUUGCUUGAUGAAUGGAUGACACCCCCAGAAAAAUCUCUGAUGGAGUCAGUUGAAGCUACAAUUAAAAAAUUGAGACUAGCUGAACUAUAUUUAGAUGAAACCAUAUUCCUUCUUCAAUUGUACAUAUAUUACGAUGCUACAAGUUCAAAAGAAAUUAAAUUAUAAUUAUCUUGUAAUUCUUAAAAUUUAUAAUCACAUAAUUUGUAAAUUU